UUUUGGGUUUGCCUUGCCCCCGAAAACAAAACAUAGUAUUUGAUUAAGCGAAUAGGUCUCUGAGGGUGGAGGGUGGUUGUUGAUUUGAUUUGAUUGAGAGUACAGCACUGGCUGUAAUUUUGCUGCAAGAAUCAGGAAAUCGUUAGUUUACCCUUUGAAAGGCAUAGAAAGAAAGUACUGGAAGCAGAGGCAUUUGCAGAGGAGGUAAAUUGGGCAACGCAACGCUCUUUAUUUUUCUCCACACAAGACAAGACAGACACUCGUAUUUUUGUUUAGCCCCACAGCACACUCACAGGCUACAGUGUACACCCCUUGGCCUUGGGUCUAUAUGCUUCCACUUUUUUUGGUACACUAGACUUGAAUCCAUGCAGUAACUUUCUCAACCCUAUGUAAAAAGUAAAAACCUUGUUUAUUUAUUGUCUUCUCCCAAAGGAAUAUCUCUCUCAUCCUUUUCACUCUCUCCACUCGUCAAUGCUAUAUGCUAUUGCUACCCUCAACAUUCUCAUAACAAUAACAUGACUGCGCCACCCACCAAGUACACUCACUACACCAAACACCUCCAACAACACCCACCCAACCACCCAUACCCCAGACUCGUCAGAAUAACCGUCACGGACACCGACGCCACCGACUCCUCCAGCGACGACGAACAACACCACCCUUCCACGCGCCAGAGGAGGUUCGUCCACCAGAUUUCCAUUCUCCAAAGCCAGGCCGUCGUUGCCAGGAAGCGGAGCCGAGACAGGGCCCCGCACGGUCGCCGGGUCUCCUCCGGAAGGAAGUUCCGGGGCGUGAGGCAGAGGCCGUGGGGGAAAUGGGCGGCCGAGAUACGAGACCCGUGGGACAGUGAAACAUGGACAAGAAUGUUGUACUGGAUUAGAAAUAUUGGGUAG